AACCUCAACUAACUUGGAUUGUUUUACUAUUCAGGCUUUUUGACCCAAAUUCGUUUACUUGAAUUGCAUUGUUUAACAACUAUCGACUUGGCAAGGUAAUUCUAGUAUAAAAUUGAUUUUACAAUGGCCAAACAAUUCAUUCCUAAAGAGGCAGAGCAGUUUCCUGAGUUGUACGGAUUGAGAAGGUCUGGCCGUGAUAGAAAACAGGCAUUAGAGGGUAUGGAUAUCGAUAAGGAUUCAGAUGGCGAUGAAGGCAACGGUGAGAAUUAUGAUUACGGUAUGGAAGAUGGCUCUCUGGAUGAUGACGACGACGAAGACGGCGAAUAUGGUGGAUCGUCCCGGAGAAAGACCAAGAAAUCCAAAUCGACUGCCAAAUCAAAGAAUACAUCAACAAGGGGCUCAACAACUCCAAAAUCGAUCACAGUGCCUCUUACAAAUGAAGUUCGGUUUUCUUCAAGAAAUAGUAGAUCCGUGAAUUACGCAGUGGAUGAAGAAGACAAUGAUGAUCUUCUAGCAUCAGGGGGUGAAGAUGAUUACGACGGUAAUGCAUAUGAAUAUUAUGACAAUGAAUCAACCGAACCUGAAGAUGCUAUUGAUUCUGUAGUGAAUCAUAAGCUUAACGAAGAUAAUGCAGAAAUCACAAAUGAGCCCAAACUUGAUUUCUUAUUUUUGAUCAAGUGGGUGGGCAUAUCUCAUUUGCAUAAUACCUGGCAUUCAUACGCUGAUUUAAAAACUUAUAAAGGGUUUAGAAAAGUCGAUAACUACAUCAAACAAUACGUGAUAAUGGUUGAAGAAUUUAAAAAUGACCCUUUCACUACGAAAGAAGACAUUGAAAGCAUGUAUAUUGAACAAGAACGGAGAUUGGAUGAACUCGAAGAGUACCGCCAUGUUGAUAGAAUUGUUGACAGUAAAAGGUUUACUGACUCUGAUGGACAGAGUAAAUUACAAUACUUUGUAAAGUGGAAGAGAUUAUACUAUGAUGGUAAUACUUGGGAAGAUGCUGAAGAGAUUGCCAAGAUCGCUCCUUCUCAUGUGAAUAAGUACCAAGCCCGACUCAACUCUAAGAUCUUGCCAAACCUUUCGGCUAAUUACCCUUCUUCUCAGCGCCCUCGGUUUGAGAAACUAGUAAAGCAACCAGUUUUCAUUAAGAAUGGUGAGUUGAGAGAUUUCCAGCUCACGGGUCUUAAUUGGAUGGCCUUCCUUUGGUCUCGUAAUGAAAAUGGUAUUUUGGCAGAUGAAAUGGGAUUAGGUAAGACUGUUCAAACAGUUGCUUUCUUAAGCUGGUUGAUCUACGCCAGAAGACAAAAUGGGCCUCAUAUAAUUGUUGUGCCACUAUCAACCAUGCCUGCUUGGCAAGAGACAUUUGAAAAGUGGGCCCCUGACUUGAACUGCAUUUACUAUGUGGGGAAUUCGGCUUCCAGACGAGUAAUAAGAGACUACGAGUUCUAUAACGACAACAACAAAUUCAAAUUCAACAUCCUUUUAACCACAUAUGAGUAUAUUCUCAAGGAUAGAAUUGAAUUAGGAGGUAUUAAAUGGCAGUUCUUAGCUGUUGAUGAAGCUCAUAGAUUGAAGAACAGUGAAAGUUCUUUAUAUGAAUCAUUAAUAUCUUUCAAAGUCACGAAUAGAUUAUUGAUUACCGGUACUCCCUUACAAAAUAAUAUCAAGGAAUUGAGUGCAUUGUGUAACUUUUUGAUGCCUGGAAAGUUCGACAUAGAGCAAGAAAUUGACUUUGAAACUCCUAAUGACGAACAGGAGCAAUACAUCAAAGACUUACAGAAGAGUAUUAUGCCAUUUAUCUUAAGAAGAUUGAAAAAGGAUGUUGAAAAGUCGUUACCUUCUAAGACAGAAAGAAUUUUGAGAGUUGAAUUAUCUGAUUUGCAAACUGAAUACUACCGUAACAUCAUUACCAAGAAUUAUUCUGCUUUGAAUACAGGGACUGGUGGCAAGAACAGUCAAAUUAGCUUGUUGAAUGUGAUGAACGAAUUAAAAAAGGCUUCAAAUCAUCCAUAUUUAUUCGAUGGAGUGGAAGACAAAGUUUUGAGAAAUUAUGGUUCUACUACAAGGGAUCUGAUUUUGAGAGGUAUGAUUAUGUCUCUGGGAAAGAUGGUUUUAUUAGAACAGCUUUUGACGAGAUUGAAGAAAGAAGGACAUAGAGUAUUAAUCUUCUCCCAAAUGGUAAGAAUCUUGGAUAUCUUGGGAGACUACUUGUCCAUCAAGGGUUACCAAUUCCAAAGACUUGAUGGUGGAGUUCCAAGUGCUCAACGAAAGAUUUCCAUUGAUCAUUUCAAUGCUCCUGGGUCCAAAGAUUUUAUCUUUUUAUUGAGUACAAGAGCUGGUGGUUUGGGUAUCAAUUUGAUGACAGCAGAUACUGUUAUUAUUUUUGAUUCCGAUUGGAAUCCACAAGCUGAUUUGCAGGCCAUGGCCCGUGCUCAUAGAAUUGGUCAGACAAAGCAUGUAAGUGUUUACAGAUUUGUUAGUAAGGACACUGUUGAAGAAGAAAUCUUAGAGAGGGCAAGAAAAAAGAUGAUAUUGGAAUAUGCAAUUAUCUCUUUAGGAAUCACGGACCCGAACAACACGAAGAAGAAGGGUGAAAACAACCCAAGUUCUAACGAGUUAAGUCAAAUCUUAAAGUUUGGUGCUGGAAAUAUGUUCAAAGAAAACGAUAACCAGAAGAAAUUGGAAGAAUUAAAUUUGGACGAAGUUUUGGACAAUGCUCAAGAUCAUGUAACUACGCCAGACUUAGGAGAAUCUAAUUUGGGCUCAGAAGAAUUCUUAAGACAGUUUGAGGUGACAGAUUAUAAGGCUGACAUAGAAUGGGAUGAUAUCAUUCCUCAAGAAGAGUUAGAAAAAUUGAAGAGUGAAGAAAAGAGAAAGGCAGACGAUGAGUUCCUACAACAGCAAAUUGAGUUGGUUUCCCGGAGAAGGGCAGCCUUUAAACAAUUAACUGAACAUGAUGAUAUUGAUGAAGAAUCCGAUGCUCCUAGUCACGACUUGAGUGAAAAGGAAGUUAGGGGUAUUUAUAGAGCUAUCUUGAAAUUGGGUGAUUUGAGUGGUAAAUGGGAUCAAUUGGUUGAAGAAGGAAGUAUUUCCAAUAAAAACCCCGUUCUCAUCAAGAACGCAUAUAACGAGAUCAUCAAUAUUUCUAAAAAAUUGGUUAAAGAGGAAGAAGCCAGAAGAGAAAAGGCCUUAAGCGAAUUAGAACUGCAAGUGACCAACAGCAAGUUAAACGAUGGUACUGCUUGGUGGAUUGCAAAGAAGAAGGAGAAGAAGGCCGUUUUAUUUGAAUAUCAAGGCGUCAAGAACAUCAAUGCCGAAUUGGUAUUGAAUAGACCAAAAGAUAUGAAAUUGCUCGACCAAUUAAUCUCAGAAGAUGCCUCUAAUUGGAGAAUCCCUAAACAACCUAAACCUGUUAACUCAUGGGACUGUGAGUGGACUAUUGAUGAUGAUUCCAAGGUAUUAGUAGGUAUUAAGAAGUUCGGCUAUGGUUCUUGGCAUCAAAUCAGAGAUGAUCCUUUAUUGGGGUUACAAAACAAGUUAUUCCUUGACAAAGAAAAGAUCGAAAAGAUAGAAAAAAGUAAAGAUGAGAAUGGAAAUGAAAUUGAAAAGAAGGUUAUGGUAAGCAGGGUUCCAGGGUCUGUUCAUUUGGGGAGAAGAAUCGAUUACCUUUUCUCCUUAUUAUACAAUACCAAUGAAAGUAAAGACAAUGGUCCUAAGCUUAAAGAAGUCAAAAAGGAAGCCAAACCAAAGAAGGAGGUAAAACCUAAAAAGAGAGUUAAAUCAGAGUCCCCCGAAGUCAAAAAGAAGAGGAGAGUUGGUGAAGGAGAUAAAGAAGGCUCAGCAUCCACUUCCGGAAAGACUGAUCAUGCCAAUGGUAGUAGCAAUGGCGCCAAAAAACAAGUCUUUGAAGGUGCCAAUAAAAAGAAGUCGAUGAAGAUAAAGCUGGAAAAACAUGAUUCUCAUGCAGACGAAGACUUGGAAUAUGAAAGUAUGGAUGAAGCUAAAUGUAAAAAGAGUUUAAAGCCAGUGUCUAAAUCGUUGAUGACUCUUCACAAGGGAUCUAAGGGUAUGGACAAACUGGUUUUCAAGAAGGUAUUGAAGGCUGAGUUACUUAAGGUGGGCGACUUUAUUGAUGAAGCCUCCAAACAAGAACCUCAGAACCCUAAAUUGAGCAAGCAUUUGUGGAGUUACGCUUCAUUAUUUUGGCCCGUCAAGGUUCCUAGUGCUAAGAUCAGGGAAAUAUAUACCAGAAUCAAGGAAGCUACGACUUCCUAGGAUCGGGCAAUUGUAUAAUUAGAUAUUAAAUCAGGACAUCAUUUACCUUUUUUAAAAAACUAGUACGCCAAUGAACUAUUUAAAUUGCCAUGAAUCCUGAUUCGAGUAUAGGUAAUUUUUAAAGAGAAAUGAUUCUACAUUGCUUACUGUCUUUUACAAAGCAAAUCGCAAUGUUAUAAUUUCUAAUAGCCAAACGAAUAUUUUUGAAAUACAAAGAAAGCAUCAAGUAGUCAAACUUUGAACAGUUUUGUAAAAACAAGAAAAGAAGCUAGAAAAGUGUAUAAAUAUCUGAGUCUUAAUAAGCCCCCCAAUAACUUACCAUUUCGGUUGCGGCCAUAUCUAGCAGAAAGCACCGUUUCCCGUCCGAUCAACUGUAGUUAAGCUGCUAAGAGCGAGACCGAGUAGUGUAGUGGGAGACCAUACGCGAAACUCUCGUGCUGCAAUCUCUUCUGUUUUUGCAACUUUUUGUUCAAGUCAGUAGUACGAAAAUGAUGCGAUCUUUAUCCUACCCUGUCUUAAUGUUACUAAUCUCUACAUCAGACUCAAAACACGUCUCUAUAUUAUUAGUUCUGCCGGGUAAGUGAAAGUACCUAUCUGUCUUUACAAGACUUGAUCUAAAUCGCGCCUGCGUGUAUACACCGGCAAAAAUUUUAGAGAAAUCAAAACCACAAAUAUCACCAAACAGGGAUAACUAAGAAAUUAGCAACAGUAUAUUUGUGAUUAUAAAAGCUGAAGACUCUUGUAGUAAUUGAACUUUUAUACUCCCAAAAUCCUAUACUACCUUUCAAACUUUUCCUAAAUUAAAAAAACUUAAAAAAAUCGGAAAAUCCACAAAAACCAAAAUCUAUAUAUACACAUAUAUUUAAAAUCCAAAUCAUGUCUUCUGACCCAACCCAAAUCCAAGAAUCCUUAGAAAAGUUGUCUUUGGACAACAAAGAACAACCCCCAAAAGAAUCCACUGAACAAUCAAAGGAAACUACCACCGAAACUUCUGCUCCAGCUAAAGAAAACCUUGGUGAAACUUCUGCUUCCUUGUACGUUGGAGAAUUGAACACCUCCGUCAACGAAGCUUUGUUGUUCGAAAUCUUCUCCCCAAUUGGUCAAGUUUCUUCCAUCAGAGUUUGCAGAGAUGCUGUCACCAAGAAGUCUCUUGGUUACGCCUACGUUAACUUCGUCAAAUUUGACGAUGGUGAACAGGCUAUUGAAGACUUGAACUACUCCUUAAUUGAAGGCAGACCUUGUAGAAUCAUGUGGUCUCAAAGAGAUCCAUCCUUGAGAAGAAAUGGUGAAGGCAACAUUUUCAUCAAGAACUUGCACCCAGCUAUUGACAACAAGGCCUUACAUGAUACCUUUUCUGCUUUCGGUAGAAUCUUGUCUUGUAAGGUUGCCACUGAUGAAUUGGGAAACUCCAAGUGUUUCGGUUUCGUCCAUUAUGAAACUGCCGAAGCUGCUGAAGCUGCUAUCGAAAACGUUAACGGUAUGUUGUUGAAUGACCGUGAGGUUUUUGUUGGUAAACACGUCAGUAAGAAAGACAGAGAAAGUAAGUUCGAGGAAAUGAAGGCUAACUUCACCAAUGUUUUCGUUAAGAACUUGGCUCCUGAAUACACUGACCAAGAAUUGAAGGAAUUGUUCUCUGCUUACGGUCCUAUCACCUCCAGUUACUUGGAAAAGGAUCUCGAAGGUAAGUCCAAGGGUUUUGGUUUCGUUAACUUCGAUAACCACAAUGACGCUGUCAAGGCUGUCGAUGAGUUGAACAACAAGGAAAUUGCCGGUCAACCAAUUUACGUUGGAAGAGCUCAAAAGAAGAGAGAAAGAAUGGAAGAAUUGAGAAGGCAAUAUGAAGCCACCAAGUUGGAAAAAUUGUCUAAGUACCAGGGUGUUAACUUGUUCAUUAAGAACUUAGAUGACACUAUUGACUCUGAAAAGUUGGAAAACGAAUUCAAGCCAUUUGGUAAUAUCACUUCUGCCAGAGUCAUGGUGGAUGAACAAGGUAAAUCCAAGGGAUUUGGUUUCGUUUGUUUCUCUUCUCCAGAGGAAGCUACUAAGGCCAUCACCGAGAUGAACCAAAGAAUGGUUGAAGGUAAGCCUUUGUAUGUUGCUUUGGCUCAAAGAAAGGAUGUCAGAAGAUCUCAAUUGGAACAACAGAUUCAAGCCAGAAACCAAAUGAGAAUGCAAAAUGCUGCUGCUGCCGCCGCCGCUGCUGGUGGUGCCAUACCAGGUCAAUUCAUGAACCCAAUGUUCUAUGGUCAACAACCAGGUUUCUUCCCUCCACCAGGUGCUAAUGGUGGAAGACCUAACGGUGCCAACGGUGCUGGUCCAAACGCUGGUCCAAACGCCAACCCUCAAAUGAUGAUGGCUGCUGCUGCUGCUGCUGCUAGAGGUGGUCAAAUCCCUCCUCCACAAGCCGGUGCCGGAUGGGGUAGACCAAAUCCUAAUGGUCAACAAAUUCCUCCAGUCUACGGUAUGCCACCAGUUUACCAAAACGGUCCUAACGGUCAACCAAGAGGUGCUCCAGCUCCAGGUAUGUACCCACCAAACGGAAGACCAACUAAGGCCAGAGAUUUGGCUGCCAUUCUCUCUUCCGUUCCACCUGAACAACAAAAGAGAAUUUUGGGUGAAGAAUUAUACCCAAAGAUUGUCAGCACCGGUAGAGCUAAUGAACCCGAAGCUGCAGGUAAGAUUACUGGUAUGAUGUUGGAUUUGGAUAACCAAGAAAUCUUGUCUCUUUUGGAAGAUGAUGAAUUGUUCAACAACCACUUUGAAGAUGCUUUGACUGCUUACGAAGAGUACAAGCAAUCCAAUGAGGAAGGUGCUCAAUAAAUAAAUUGAAGAAUUUUAGGUUUUUGGGAUUUUGAAUCUUUUUUUUUUCUUGUGAUAUUGGAUUUGUUUAUAUAUAUAUAUAUGUAUAUAUGUGAUAGUAGAAAAAAAAUUAAUAAAUGUUUGAAAUUAAUAUGAUCUUGCUAUAUCCGUCUCCCUUAAGCCUUAUUAUCGUCUCCUGACGUCAGUCUAUUGCAGCUUUUUUUUCGCAGCCUUGAUAGAAAUUCGUGGAAAGUUGCGUUGGUCCGCAUUGCUGCGCAAGGU